AUGACUGAGUUGAACAAUAAAGCAGAUUCCGAUAAACAAGUAGAUAAUGAUAAGCUACUAGAUAUGUUUUUGGACAAAGACUUUGUUCCACAAUCAUAUGUUGACGUUCUACUUUCUGCUACCAGCACUGAAGAUUUAACUAAGACUCAAGCAGUUUCUUCGGCGUUGUUGGCUAGAUUUGAUUACUACACAAAGACAUUAACAAAUGAAUUAAAGACCUCUCUUGAAAGUUUAGAAAAAUUAUCUGAAACUAUACCGAGCACUUGGUCCUCUAGUACCCUAGAUAAAGCUACUUUGGGUACUUCUGAACCAUCAAAUGCACACGGCUCUUCAAAAUUAGAGUACUAUUUAGAAACAUUAGGCAGUGCAGUUAGAGCUCUAGAGGCUGACACACAAAGUAUAGAUGAACAAAUAAAAGAACUAGAUAGUAAAUAUCAAUCUAGUGAUGAGGUAGUAGAACAAUUGGAUAAAUUGGUGAAAGUUAGAAGUCGGUUAAACAGUGUGAUUAAAUGUUUCCAGGAAUUAGAUAAUAUCUUUAGUAUAUCGCCUAAUAUUUCGAGAAACGAACAAGAUGAUGUGUCAAGUAAAUCAGUGUCAGUAUUUGAUUUCAAGCUAUCACUACGAACAUUGGAAGAAACGAUCGAGGAAUCUUUGGCAAGUUCAACGCAAGCUGAGAAGCAUAACCAAAGAAAUACAGAACUGCUGAAAAAAAUUGACCAUUUUAUAGAAUUAAAACCAAUCUUCAAAGGAUUAGACAAAUUCUAUCCAAUUUAUUCAGAUUUUGUUGAUAGUAUUUCCAAAAAAAUGGAAAUUUAUAUGAGCACUAAAGAUAUAGAAGAUGGAUUUUAA